CAGCUAUAUUAAUCAUUUAGUUAUUUAAGAGCAGGGUGUCAGAGAUGAGAAAUGCUUUCCUGAUGUCUCAAGAUUGGGGUGGUUUUAGUCAUCAUUUCCGUGCUGGGUGCAUCUUAUAAAAAUAACUUCAUGAGGAUGGGCCCUUCAAAACUCCAGCCUCUACCGAGCUUUGCAACCUUACUGCCCAUUAUCACGUCACGGCAUUAAGAAUGGAGCAGGCAGUAAUUACAUCAGAGCCUGUAAAGCCUGGGAGACAAACUGGAAAGACUUAUUUUCUUAAAUGAAGUGGUCAUUCAAAGGCAGAAAACCCAAGUCACCUACAAUCUCCGUCUCCACUUUGCCAAGGGAUGGGCCGGGUGGGGUCUAAGAACAGGAAGGGGGAACUCAGCCGGGGUCGGGGAGCUGGGUGGGAGCAAAUUCCUGAAAGCGGAAUGUGAGACAAGCCAGGGAGACCUCGGGAAGGGCGCAGAGUAGGCCCAGCAUCUCGCAAGGGUGAGUCCAGGUGAGGAGCGUGCUCCGGAGCGCCGCUGGCGAGGAGCGUCGGUUCGCCCCGGCGUGAUUCCCGCCAGCUGCUCCUCCGAGCGCAGUGGCCUCCUGGGUGUCAGCGCGCAAAAUCGCCGCUUAAUCCCCGCUCUAGCUGGAUUAAUUAGGGCCUCCUCAAAGCAGGAAGUUGCGAGCCAGGGGCGUUUUUCCCAGGCGCAGAGACACCGGGGGGUCGACACUCCUCCAGACCAGCCGGGCGCCCCUCCCCAGACACCAACAGGCACAGGAUCCCCGCGACUCGCGCCUCUCCAGUGAGCGCCUCCCGCACCCCAGCCAGGUUCCCGGGACCCGCUGGUGACCGGAGGCUUGUGGGGUCGCCGGAGUCAUGUCCCAGGCCCGGGCCGCUUGCUCCCGCGUCCCGGCCCUCCGUUCUCAGCCAGCAGCCGGGGCGUGGGGCGGGGCGCGCCGGGAAGGCCGAGGCCGCGCGCUAUUCCUGUCGCUGUGAGCUACCGGCAUGUUAUGUGCUGCGGCCAAUCACGCCUCCGACCCUCCGCGCUGACCUGAGCCCCCCCUCCCUAAUCCCCUAGGCUUUGAUUUGAUCCUCCGCGCGGAACAAGCUCACCCCCCUUGCCCCGUAGCUAGUUGUCCCCGGCCCUCGCGGGUGCCCGCAAAACCCUCCUUGUCCACCCCCGGGAGGUCAGAGCCCUCGCCCCGCACUCCCCGGACGGCCCGAGUCGGGCCACAUCUGCGCAUCUGGCCGUCGGAGAUCCAGCACUCCCCUGGAGUCAGUCUACCUGCAGCUCCGCCCUUCCAGGUGAUGGUGCGCGGCCACCGCGGCCCCUGGCGCGCAGGUGUGGGCUCCCUAAACUGGGCCGUGGAGAGGGCUUUGGGCAACGCUCUGGCAGCCUCGGCUGCCGCCGAAACCGAGCCCUGCACCUCCCGGAAAACUCCAAACGCCGUGCCCUCCGCUACUAGGGGCUUCUGGAAACCGUUCCCCGACCCGAUUUGCUCUGAGAGGGGGACUGGGAGAUCUGCGGACCUGUAUGAAGGAGGCCUGGGAUUUAAGCUGAGCAGGCAAAAAUGGGGCCCUGCUAGGGGCUCUUCGGCUCGCACGGGGGACCUGGCGGCGCCGUGUCCCGGGAUGUCUCCGGCCGCGCCCGGCUGGCCCCAGCCCCGGCCCGGCCACUUCCCGCCCUGGGCGUCAUGAGUUACUUCCUGUCUUACUGCAAAGCUCAUGGCGGCGCGCUGCUCACCGGCUACCAGGCCCUGCGCGCCGAGGGCUUUCUGUGCGACGUGACUCUGGAGGCCGAGGGCAGCGAGUUCCCGGCGCACAGGUCGCUCCUCGCGUGUUCCAGCGACUACUUCAGGGCCCUGUUCAAGAGCCACACCCGGGAAUCCCGAGCGCCCGUGAUCCACCUGCAUGUGCCGUCAGCGGCCGGCCUGCAGCGCCUGCUGGACUUCAUCUACACCGCCUGGCUGCCGCUCUCCAUGGACACUGUGGAGGACACGCUGGAGGCCGCCAGCUACCUGCAGGUCACCGAGGCCCUGGGGUUGUGCGGCCGCUACCUGGAGCGCCAGCUAGCCCCUGAUAACUGCUGCUUCGCCGCCAACAUGGCGGCGCGCUUCGGCCUGGUGCACACGCUGGGCGUGGCCGAGCGCUGCAUUGUGAGCCACCUGCGGGAGCUGCUGGCGCGGGGCGCGGGCCCCGCCGGGCUGCUGGAGCUCAACCCCGCGUCGCUGAGGGCCGUGCUGGGUGCCCCUGACGUGGCGCGCGUGCCCGAGGCCCGGCUGCUGGGCCUGGCUCUGGCCUGGCUGCGGCAGGAGCCCGAGGCCGAACGGCUGGCCCACUGCGCCGCGCUGCUCGAGCGCGUCCGCUUCGGCCUGGUGCCCACCGACGUGCUGCGGCGCGUGUACUCGGGCUCCGGCCUCACCCUGCCCUCCCGGGUCAAGGGCCUCAUCAUCCAGGCCCUCAACUACCACACGUCGCCCUCCCGCCAGCCGCUCAUGCAGGGCGAGCAGACCAGCGUCCGGAGCCCCCAAACCCGCAUCUUGUUGGUCGGGGGGUGCAGGGGGCGGGAGGUGGUGACCGAGGAGGUCGUGGCCCCCCGGCGGGCAGCCAGGGGGAGGGGCGCCGCGGCGGAGCCCGAGGAAGAGGAGGAGGAAGAGGAGCAGGUGGAGGAGGAGGAGGAGUGGGAGCUUACCCAGGACGUGGUGGCCUUUGACGGGUACAACCACCGCUGGCGCAGCCUCACGCGGCUGCCCGCUCCACUACUGGGACACAGCGUGUGCGCCGCGGGCAACUUCCUGUUCGUCCUCGGCGGGGAGACCCCGUCGGGCGGCGGCUCCUCCCCCACAGCCGACGGCCUGCGGGCGGUCACGGCCGAAGUGCACCGUUAUGACCCGCGCUUCCACGCUUGGACAACUGUGCCCGCUAUGCGGGAAGCGCGGGCCCAUUUCUGGUGCGGCGCCGUGGGUGAGGGGCUCCUGGCCGUCGGGGGCCUGGGCGCGGGCGGCGAAGCGCUGGCUUCAGUGGAGAUGUACGACCUGCGCUGGGACCGCUGGACGGCGGCCGGGGCGCUGCCGCGGGCCCUGCACGGCCACGCGGGGGCUGUCGGGAACUGCGGCGUCGUGUAUGUCUCCGGGGGCAAGGCGGGGAGAGGCGAGGGCGGCGCGAACAGCCUCCGGGACUUGUUCUCCCUGGGCCCCGGGGAGCAGGCGUGGAGCAAGAGGGCGCCUAUGGGCACGGCCCGCUUCGGGCACCACAUGGCCGCACUGCGCGGCGCGCUGUUCGCCUUUCUGGGGCGCUACGAGCCCUUCUCCGAAAUCGAGCGCUACGACCCCGGCACCGACCAGUGGACUCGGCUGCGGCCGCUACCCUACGACCGCUUCUGCUAUGGGCUGGCCGUGGUCGACGAGACGGUGCUGCUGCUGGGAGGCCUGAAGUGGCAGGACUCACGCCAGGUGCCUACCCGCAACGUGGUGGGUUAUGACCUCGACCUGGACCGCUGGGAGGACACUGGCUGCGCGCUGCCUUGGGCCUGGAGCGGCCUGCAGUGCGCAGUGCUGCAGCUGGCCGAGGGUGGGGACGAGGAGAGGGAGGGAGAGCCUGGAGAGGCGCCAGAUUUAGUGCUGGGCUUAAUGGGUCAGUGAGCAAGUCGCGCCUGACCAGGCUUACAGAGCAACCCGUGGGCUUUUCCUUAGGCUUGGCCAAAGAGGAACAUUUCCCCUUACUCUGAGAAUGGGAGACAGGACGGGUCAAAUUUAGAAGGAUAUAUGAAUCAUCUUCAGUGAACUGGGGAUUUCUAGAAAUUCUCAUGCUGGGCUAGACAUGGACUUUGAAAAUAAAACAUGACCCUAUUUUCUCUCUGGUAGUUAGUGUUUCCCAGGCGCUAAACAGUGACUACUUUUGUGCCAAACAGCCAAAAAACGUACCGUAAGAAAUUAUGUACAAGACCAGAAAAUUGUUAGCUAUAAAGACUGUAAUAAAUGGUUCUAGAAGAUGGCAUUAUCUGAAUAAAUAAAUAUUUAUCUGAAUAAAUAGUGAAGGGAAAGUGCCUUGGUUAAUAAACACAUGCAAUCAUUGUAGGAAGAACUAUGAUUUUAUGAUCCAGAAUCAUGGUUAUAGUUCUGCUCUGAUAGUUUAAUAUAGAUAUGGAACUGAGAGGAAAAAAAUCUCUAAGAAAGCACCAUUGUUUUUUUGAGAAAAUAACCUAGGUUAAGUUUUUCUGUACUUCAUCCUUACUUACCCUAGUCUGCUUUUGCCCUGGCUUUUGGCAGCUCAUUGGUUUUAAGUUUUAUUUCUGCAGCCCUUAGCCAUAAUAAUCAGGCUUCUUUGGCUUAGUGGAACACCUAAGAAAAACAAAUCAAAACCCUAUUUCAUUCAUCCUCUUUAAAUGUUCAUUCUGCAGACAUGCUGUAGGUAAUAUUUGUAAAAAAAUAUUUUUUAAGUUUAUUUUUAGUGGUACCCCCCCACCCUCUGCCCCACCUUCCCAAAAGAAUCACAGAGAAACGAAAGAGGAGUAGGUGAAAUUUUAAAGUUCCUUUCAGGUAAAUGGGAAACCAGCUUGAUUUUGCAGGACCUCUGAGAAGAUUCUUGUAUACACUGGACAGGUGCUUCUUCUGGCUUGUACCACCAAUGGAGUGACAAAGUUAAAACCUGUAACCGGGGGUGGGGUGGUGGGGUGGUGGCGGCUGUGUGAUUAGGUCACAAAGAAAUGUGAUGAGGACUGCAUGAAUAAAAUAGG